UCAGCGGCAAGCGCGCCCCUUCAGCUCCAACUCGCCGCAGCGAUUUUGGCACUCGACUGUGCUCUGAAUUCGACCUCUUCCAAUCCGUUUCAAAAUUCGAGCCAUGUCAGCUGAAUUCACAGAGAUGACUAGCAAGGUGAUCCAGGAGGCGGCGCGGCUGGCAAAGGACCGGGGCCAUUUGCAGCUGGACCCGGGCCAUGUCUUCGCAGUGCUGCUCAAGGACCGUUCCUCCCUGGCUGCGCAAGUGCUGGGGCGCCUCAAUGGUGACUCUGUAGAGGUCCAGCAGGGCUGUGAGCGGCUGCUGAACAGCUUCAGCUCGCAAACGCCGGCGCCGGAGGAGAUCGCGCCCAACAACGGCAUGCGCCAGACGCUGCAUGAGGCAGAGGUCCAGCGCAAGGCGAGUGGCGGCAGCUACGUCAGCCUUCCUGACCUCUUCUUAGCGCUGCUGAAGCAGAAGUCCAUCAAAGAGGUGCUGAGCUCGGCGGGGUACAGCAUCACGCAGGUGGAAAAGGCCAUGCAGGACCUGCGGGGUUCCAAGAAGGUGGACACCCAAACAGCGGACGAGAACUUCGAGGCGCUCUCAAAAUACGGGCGCGAUCUUGUGGCCGACGCUGAGAACGGGAAGCUGGACCCGGUCAUCGGCCGGGAUGAGGAGAUCCGGCGGGUGGUGCAGGUGCUGGCCCGGAGGACCAAGAACAACCCUAUCCUGGUGGGUGAUCCAGGUGUGGGGAAGACGGCCAUUGUGGAGGGCCUGGCGCAGCGUGUGGUCGUCGGCGACGUGCCGGAAGCCUUGAAAAACUGCCGGGUGGUGGCGCUGGACGUGGGCGCGUUGAUCAGCGGCGCCAAGUACCGGGGGGAGUUUGAGGAACGCCUGAAGGCCGUGCUCCAGGAGGUCAAAGACGCCGAGGGGCGGAUCGUCCUCUUCAUCGACGAGGCACACUUGCUGAUCGGCGCUGGCAAGACCGAUGGGGCCAUGGACGCGGCGAACCUGCUGAAGCCCAUGCUGGCGCGGGGGGAGCUGCGCUGCAUUGGGGCCACCACCGUGGAUGAGUACCGCAAGUACAUCGAGAAGGAUGCGGCGCUGGAGCGGCGUUUCCAGCAGGUGAGCGUGGAUGAGCCCUCGGUGCAGACAACCAUCACCAUCCUGCGUGGGCUCAAGGACCGGUACGCCACGCACCACGGGGUCAGCAUCCAGGACGCCUCGCUGGUGGCGGCAGCACAGCUCUCGGACCGGUACAUCACCACCCGUUUUUUGCCGGACAAGGCGGUGGACCUGCUGGACGAGGCCUGCAGCAAGAUCCGGGUGCAGCUCUCCUCGCAGCCCGAGGCCGUUGACAGCUUGGAGCGGCGAAGGCAGUACUUGGAGGUUGAGGUGAAGGCCCUGAGCAAGGAGAAGGACCAUGGCUCCAAGACGCGGCUCCAUGAGGCCCAGAAGGAGCUGGCCCAGGUGUCGGAGGAGCUCGCCCCGCUGCGGGCGAGGUAUCAGCAGGAGCGCGAGCUGAUCGACGACCAGGGCAAGGCGAAGACCAAGUUGCAGGACCUCAAGCGAAAGUUGGACCUUAUGGAGGUGCAAGCAAGAUGCUCGCAGUCGUGGCGGGUGUGGCGGCCUACUGCGGCUGGCAGGGCGCGUUCGUGCCACCCGCUGCUGGCCGACAUGUGCCGAUCGCCACGGCAGCCGGCGCAGCGGCCAUGCUGGGCACAGCGCCGGCUUACGCAGACAAGAUCGAUGAUGCGGCCAAAGUUCUCUCAGAGAAGUCUUACCCAUUCUUGAAGGAGAUCGACUGGACUGAUGGUGUCUAUGGCGUUCUGCCAACUGCCAAGCCCUUGGAGGUGCUGAAGGCGAUCGAUUCGAUGUUGGUCAUGGGCGCCGCGAUGGACCCAGAAGCUCUGAAGGCCGGAGUGUUGGCCCACAGCAAGGCCAUCAACUCUGUGGACUCCAAGGGAGUUACAACUCUGGCCGACUACACAGCCACCAACGCCGCCAUUGGCCACAUGGUUGCGUCCGUGCCGGCCUCCAAGACCAUGGAUGUGUACAAUGCCUUCAACGAGUUCAACCUGGGCAAGGAUGUGGGCCCUUAUAUGAUGUCCAAGGUGAACGCUGAGGACGCCAAGGCGGCCUACAAGGCAUUCCUCGAGUUCAAGGAUGUGGUGAAGGCUUCUCAGCGCUGAGCUCGGCCUUGCUCUUGGCAUCUUUGGCGGUGGCGUCGUGUGUGCGCCCUGCAGGUUGUAUAGCUUCUUGGCAACUCUUUGUAAUCUGAGCCCGGCUGGCUUGAGACCCUGUUCUCAGGCAUGCGCUUGACUCAGACAGCUUCCAUCAUUUUAUCAAGACACUCUGCCAAUUGUAUAUGCAGGGUAUUGAGGAGGCCCCUUUGACGUGUCCUCUUGUGUAAAAGCGGCGCCUUUCCUGACAGCUUGAGUAUUGUGUAUUUGAGUAACAGUUGUGCCACGCACAGACACUAGGAUCCGGGGCUGAAACCGCACUGAUCCCAACCGUAUAAGACUCGUGUUUG